GUGACAUUUUGGCGCGAGAUACACAAGUUAGUUAUGAGUGAAUUUAAUAGUGAUGAGUUAAUUGCUCCCAGUUGGAUGAAUGAACAAUUCUUUCAAGAAGUGUUAAGGAAUUGUGAAUGUGAAGAAAAAUUACUGGUUCAAAAUGUGAAACUGGCUCCGGCAUCAGCAAAAGGCGAUCACUAUGCAAGUAUUAUGUUCCGUGCGAUUGUGACAUAUAGCAUAAAUCAAUCGGAGAACAAAUCAAAAUCUAUGAUUAUUAAAACAAUGCCAGAGAUAGAAGGUAAUAAAAAAGAAUUGUUUGAGAAAUCGUUUAUUUUUGAAACAGAAAUCGGAAUGUACUCAAAAACAAUACCUAAAUUUCAUGAAGAACUUAGAAAUAUCGGAGAUGAUACCAUUUUGGGAGCAAAAGCAUUAUAUUACUCAUUACAACCUCGAAAAGUGAUAGUUUUCGAAGAUAUCGCUCUGAAAGGCUAUGGAGUUUUAAGUGAAAGAAUGGCAAAUAUGGAAGAAGCUAAAAUGGCCUUUCUGAAGUUAUCUAAGUGGCAUGCUCUCAGCUACAAGCUUGCUUCUGAGGGUGAUACCAAUGUGUCUUCUUACUGUGAAAGCUUCUUUAACAGAAAUGAUCUUGAAAAAAUUCCCUUCAUGACAGGCGGAAUCAAGAACUUUAUAGACAAAAUUGACACAAUCGAUGAGCUUAGAAAAUACGUUCCUCAUCUUAGAAGACUAGCCGAAGAUCUUUUGAAAAAAUGCAUAGCUUCUACGAAAGCCUAUAGAGACAAAUCUCCCAAGGGGAUAUUUGUUCUCAAUCACGGAGAUUUUCAUUUCAAAAAUAUAAUGGUAAAACGGAAUGGCGAGAAAAAACUUGUAGAUGUUAUGCUCAUCGAUUUCCAAAUGUGUUCAUUUGGACCUGCAAUAUUAGAUGUAAUGUAUGGCAUUUACAUGCUUCUGGAUCCUAAGUUACGUUCAACUUAUUUUGAUGAAAUAAUGUACUUUUAUUGUUCGAAUUUUAUCGAUACCUUAAAGAAAUUGAAGUUUCAGGGCGAAAUUCCAAAAAUUACAGACUUCUAUAUUGAAAUGUAUUGCCACCCUCAUUGGGAAUUAUUUUUAUUAACUACUUUCUUGCCACUGUGGUAUGGAUUGAUUGACAAACAAUUUGGUGAAUUAGACGAAAUAUUAAAUUCAGACGAGGAACGUGCGAAAUUAUAUGACAACCCAAAUUACUUGGAAGAUGUUCUGCAAACGUUACCAAAAAUGUUCAACCAAGGGUAUUUGGAAUGAAUUCGGUUACAAUAUUCGAAGCAGAGGGCACACUUUUUUAUUUUUUUGACCAUAGAUUUAUGUCUGGCACAAGCGUCUAAGAGCGAGUUUAAAUUAAUCACGGAUGUGAUUGGCAAGAACUUGCUUUAGUUUUUUGAAAUAAAUAGAAAAAAAAGUUGUUAUAUCUUUUUUAAAGAAAUAAA